AUGGCCAAGCAAUCUAUUGCUAAUCUAAAUUUGAAUCUUUUAACUCCAUUAACACCGGAAAUAAUGAGCCGUCAAGCUACUAUCAAUAUAGGCACUAUUGGUCAUGUAGCACAUGGAAAAUCCACUGUUGUUAAAUGUUUAUCUGGUAUAGACACAGGGAAAUUUGGUAGAGAAAAACAACAAAAUAGGACCAUUCAUUUGGGUUAUGCAAAUGCAAAGAUAUUCGAAUGUGAUAAUGCAGAAUGUCCGAGACCUCAACGAUAUCGUGCGACUGGUUCAAAUGCAAGUGAUCAGUUUCCUUGUGAUCGACCAGGAUGUGUUGGUCAAUUUCAUCUCUUACGACAUAUAUCUUUUGUUGAUUGUCCAGGACAUGAGACGUUCAUGGCAGCUAUGUUGAAUGGUGCAGCUGUUAUGGAUGCUGCUCUAAUGGUUAUAGCUGCUAAUGAAUUUUGUCCACAACCACAAACAUAUGAACAUUUGGCAGCUGUAAAUAUUAUGAACCUAAAAUCCAUAUUAAUACUUCAAAAUAAAAUUGAUCUCGUUGGACAAGUUAAAGCCGAAGAACAAUGCGAGCAAAUCAAGAGUUUUAUUAAAGAUACAAAUGCAAAAUAUGCGCCAAUUAUUCCAAUCAGUGCACAACUUAAUUGUAACAUGGAUUCUGUUUGUGACUUUAUAGUGCGAAAAAUUCCUAUACCCAUAAGGGAUUUUACUUCAAAACCAAAAAUGACUAUAAUUCGAUCAUUUGAUGUCAAUAAACCUGGUACUGAUGCUGAUGAUCUAAAAGGUGGUAUCGCUGGCGGAAGUAUCAUCCAAGGAGUGCUUAAAGUCAAUCAAACAAUUGAAAUUCGACCUGGUUUAAUAUUUAAAGAUAAUACAGGUCAACUACAGUGUUCGCCUAUUAAAUCAAAAAUUAUCUCUCUCUAUGCCGAAAAAAAUACACUUGAAUUUGCUGUACCUGGUGGUCUUAUUGGUGUUGGUACGAAAAUUGAUCCAACUUUAACUCGUGCUGACCGUUUGGUUGGUCAAGUACUUGGAGAAGCUGGUUCAUUGUCAAGGAUCUAUAUAGAAAUUACGGCAAAAUAUUCUCUUUUGAAACGUGUAGUUGGUGUACAAAGUGAUUCAUCCAAUCGAAGUACUAAGAUAAACAAAUUGAGUGAAAACGAAGUUCUAUUAAUCAAUAUUGGAUCUUUAUCCACUGGUGGUCGAGUAUUACGUGUUAAAAGUGAUUUAGUUAAAAUUCAAUUAACAAAACCAGUAUGUGCUGAUAUUAAUGAAAAAUUGGCAUUGAGUCGGCGUAUUGAUGGACAUUCGCGAUUGAUUGGUUGGGGUGAAAUCCAAACAGGAAAGGAAAUUGAACCACAGAUGGAUAUGUGA